AUGAAGAUUAAUCAAGACAAUGGUCGACCAAGUUCCAGGGAGAGGCUGAAUAUAACGGAGGCUGUAAUAAAUGUAUUGGACGAGCAUAAUCUUGGCGGCAAUGCAUUAGAAUUGACAACUGAUUAUGCAUCAGUAAUGCUAGUCUGUGGUAGAACACUUGCAAAGAGCUGGAAAAUGAGUUUGACAACUUGA